CUUCACUCCAGUGCCUACCAGUUCCCUUCUAGAGCAGCAGUAACCCAGCAACUGCGCACGCGCCCGAAGCCUGUUACAGUGGGGUUAAUGGCGCGACCAGCACCAUCUCCAGCACCCAUCGACAAGCCAGCGCCAUUGUCAACCUCUUCCACAGUCAACGACUCCGGCCGAAUCAUGAAGCCUCAUUCGGCAGGCACGCAGUCGAUCCGCAACACACGACAGAGAACUAGGAUGUUGGCACAAGCGAGCAGCAAUGCUGUGCUGGAGUCGAUGGGCGACGAGAGGAGUUGUGGACCGGCAGAUUCGAGCGCUUCAGAAUACCAGUAUGGCAAUGAAAAUGGCAAAGGCAAAGGCAAGCUUUGCGACAUCCGCCUCGGAACUGUUACCAUGCUGGAGGAAAUCACAGCUACUGGACCAGAAUGGUGUCCGAUCACGGACAAGGACACUCAUCCAUUCCCCAUAAUGGAGCUACCUACUGAGAUUCGACUCGAAAUCUAUCGUGCGUGUCUCACCCGGCCAUACAAGAUAUUGCUGUCGAAGAGAGAGCUGCCACUGUUAGCAAAAGACGACGGCGACUUCCUCAACCCAGCCAUUUCACUGGACUAUGAAUAUGGCUCCGACGAACGCGAUGGCGCCGUACAAGAUCGCCCAGUGCGAAUAGCCACCGCGUCUCCAGUUGGUUCUGCCAGCACUGCGUCGACUCGCAGAAUGUUUCCGCAACUACGCAUUGUCGGCGCCACCCGUGGUGGUCGUUCCCACCGCACCACCUCCAGCGCUACAGUGUCUGGCUCCUCGUCCGUUGCCGGCACUACUGCCACCGACGUAGGCUCCAGUAACGUUCAAACAGGACGAAGCAGCACAUCCUCGACUGGCAGCAGACCCGCAUCACGCCCAACGCGCCAUGUGGCGAUUGACUCGCGUAGACACGUCACCCAACCUGAACCCCAGCGCAACCAAAGUCAGGAUCCGUUGAUCACGAAUGUGCUCCGAGCUAGCAAAGAGAUCUACAAGGAAGCCCGAGGCGUGCUGUAUAGCGAGAAUCACUUUGUCCUGGACCUCAACACUGCUAUGCAGACCCUUGGGCACCUGCAUCAGCGCUCUCGUCGCCAGAUCAAGCACGUCGAGCUGGAAAUCCCAACCUACAAUGAGAUAUUGGAACGCUUCCAGGAGACUGUACGUCUCAGCUUGCGUUAUUGCUCGGGCUUGAAGAAGUUCAUCAUCAACAUGCCCUUCACACUUCCUGGGGCUGAUGGCAGCGGCACGACUGGUAACACAACUGUCUACGCCAACGGCUUCGAUAUCUUACGUUGGCUACCACAAGAGUGCGACAUCAUUGUGCAAGGUAACAUAUGCACAGAGAUUGAGACGGUGGUGCAGAAGCAUUUGCGUCUGUCAAAGACACUUGACAAGCUUGCGUAUGCCAGACGACAGUUGAUAUCUAACGAUGCCGGUCCCCCGUCCACUACCUAGGACUGAUGUCGACCAUUCGCCACUGGAUGCCAAACGAGUGUCUUGCCAGCCUCUUACAUGAUUGCUGCUUUCAGUGAUGACCACUCACUCUGAUGUUGAGACGCUUUCUCUUAUUGUUCUGCCAAGCGGAUGAGCAAGUCAACCAGUACACCAUGAUGGCAUAAGGUGUAUGGGCUGCGAAAUGUAAAUAGCUGUGUUUGGGAUCUUGCUGGCGUCGAUCGCCUUGCGAGUGCUAUGGACUGAAAUAGUGGGAUGGUUCUCUGGAAUGAUGCUCUGAACUGAUGCUCGGGAACGAUGUUCUGGGACGACCUCGGGGACGAUGCCGCGGGACGAUGCUCUGGAAGGACCUCGGGGACGAUGCCGCGGGACAAUGCUCUGGAACGAUGCUUUGGAACGAUGCUCUGGGAUGAUGCUCUGGGACGAUGCUCACUGGCAUUGGAGCUGUAUAACAAUGCUGAAUCAUUCACGCCUGACACAUGACUGGACUGCACGUUGACGAAUUGAGGGCAUGUAAUCGUCGGUUGCGCAGGAAUUCAAUUGAUGUUGUUGCAUGGUGGAAUUCAAUCGCAUGAACUCGCGUUUUGUUUGCGAUUGAAGGAGUCUGAGUCUGUUAUCGGGAAGACUGACAGGCACACGAAAACUACGUAAAAUCACGCAUGCAUGCUUUCACACAGCAUAAUGAAG